AUGAUUGACCAAGUUCUUAUCCUUCAACAGGGAACUUUUCAUUAUAGCAGCUCUUACUGGACUGAUAGCAACCUUCCUGGAGGAGAGACUGGGUUUGACGAACAGGAAACCAAGUUAGCCAACUACUGGAGCACAUCCUUCUCUAAGAUCUGUCUUGGCAUGAAAAGCAACGAACAGUUGAGUUUCUUUGCCAUCAACAAGCAGGCUGACUCCCUGUACUCACUGAUCGCUGAUGGGCAAUACCGCGAAACCUCACUGGGUCAUGACACAUGGAAGACACUUAUUGAUGCAGCUGUUUCUUUGCAAAGCAAAUGUAACGAGGAAGGAUUCAAUGUAUUUUGCACGUUUACCAUAUCAUCCAAAGCCAGGAUUGGUAUUGUGAGCAACCAGGAGGACGAGUGCUCCACGUGCGACUCAAGGAUCGUAUUUAGCACUGGAGGCUACCCUUAUGACACGAACAGCUGCGGUAACGUGGCAAAACAUAACCCAGAUAAUGGAAUUAAAUACAUCAAAGCGAUGGGAUACAUCUUGUUACAAUAA